UCGCACCUCAUGAUAUCAACCCCCUCUCAAGUUUCACCCGCCUACCAGCAGCACAGAGCGCCUGGAGGUUGCCUCAGCCCUGGUCUCUUCAGGGCAAUUCUCCGUCUGAGCGCGAAGCGGCGGUUUCUUUUUCUACAAGUCAGCUUGAGAUCCUUUGUGCGUGCUGUCUUGCUGGUGACCACUGCUGAACCACUCCACCCAUCUACCACAGCCGCAGCCUUUUCUUGAAGCUACCAUGGCCGCCGCUGCUCCGGCUUUCCCGGCGCGUGAUCUGUUUGUGGCCGGCAAGUGGACGGCCCCUUGCAAGGCUGGCCGGCUGCCAGUCGUCAAUCCCGCCACGGAGGAAACUAUCGGCACGAUCCCCGCGGCAACAGCGGAGGACGUGGAUGUGGCGGUGCAGGCGGCGAGAGGCGCGUUCCGGCGGAACGGCGGGGGCGACUGGCCCAAGACGACGGGCAGCUACCGCGCGCAGUUCCUUAAAGCCAUCGCCGCCCAGGUGGUGGAGCGCAAGGGCGAGCUGGCGCGCAUGGAGGCCAUGGACUGCGGCAAGCCGCUGGACGAGGCCGCAUGGGACAUGGACGACGUGGCGGGGUGCUUUGAGUACUACGCGGGGCUGGCGGAGCAGCUGGACGCGGAGCAGGGCGCGCCGCUGCAGGUGCCCAUGGAGCAGUUCGCCUGCCGCAUCCGCAAGGAGCCCAUCGGGGUCGUCGGGCUCAUCACGCCCUGGAACUACCCAAUGCUGAUGGCGGCAUGGAAGGUGGCGCCAGCACUGGCAGCAGGCUGCACUGUGGUUCUCAAACCGUCCGAGCUCGCCUCCCUCACGUGUCUGGAGCUGGGCGCCAUAGCGGCGGCGGUGCAGCUGCCAGCGGGCGUGCUGAACGUGGUCACGGGCCUGGGCGAGCACGCCGGCGCUGCUCUCACCGCGCACAAGGGGCUCGAUAAGAUUGCGUUCACGGGCAGCAGUGCCACAGGGAAGCUCGUCCUGCGUGCAGCGUCCGAGAACCUCGUUCCGGUGACGGUGGAGCUGGGCGGCAAGAGUGCGCUGCUGGUGUUUGACGACGUGGACAUCGACAAAGCGGUGGAGUGGGCCAUGUUUGGGUGCUUCUGGACCAACGGCCAGAUCUGCAGCGCCACCUCGCGCCUGCUGCUGCACGAGCGCAUAGCGCCGGCGUUCCUGGCGCGCCUGGCGCAGUGGUCGCAGGAGAUCCGCAUCUCCGACCCGCUCGAGCCCGCCUGCCGCCUUGGGCCGCUCGUCAGCCAGGCGCAGUACGACAAGGUGGUGGCGUUCAUAGAGGGCGCCAAGGCGGAGGGCGCAGAGGUGCUGUGCGGGGGCAAGCGACCGCAGCACCUGGCGCGCGGGUACUACCUGGAGCCGACGGUGCUGCGAGUGACGCCCGGCAUGCGCGUGUGGCAGGAGGAGGUGUUUGGGCCCGUGCUCGCUGUGCACACCUUCUCAGACGAGCAAGAGGCCAUUUCCCUCGCCAACGACACCAGCUAUGGGCUGGCGGCAGCAGUGAUAUCAGGCGACCAGGAGAGGUGCCGCCGCGUGUCAGAGGCCAUGGAGUGCGGCAUAGUGUGGGUGAACUGCUCGCAGCCAUGCUUCUGCCAGGCGCCAUGGGGCGGGAAGAAGAGGAGCGGCUUCGGCAGGGAGCUGGGGAAGUGGGGUCUGGACAACUACCUGUCGGUGAAGCAGGUGACGCAGUACGUGUCCAGCGACCCCUGGAACUGGUACCCUGCGCCCUCCAAGCUCUGACCAUGUCUCGCUCACGCCACAGAGACUUGGGCAUGUUCUUCAGCCUAUUCGAAUAAGCCGAAACUUUGUGCUGCUGAUUGGUUCAUCUCACAAUAAAUGUUGCCACGCAAUGCCAAGCAAUUGUACAGGUGGUACCAUGUAUCAUUGUUAUCCUCUCGAGCUUGCAUGCGAGCUUUGAGCGUGCCUUCAUCACACUCUGUCAAACCAUGUUGAAGACCUCCGUGAACACUUGUGACGUUGGGUGUGCAGUGUUCUGCAUGCAUACCUGCAAACAAUCGUUUG